UGAUUGUGAAGUAAAUGUCAGUCAGGCUAGAUUAUUUCUGAGUAGCAGUCAAACUUAUUUUUCUUUGACUCUCUCCAGUGACCUUAACGAUGGCCGCAAGUCCAGCAUCUUCGUAUUAUGACUUCAGUGACAAACUAAACUUUUAUUGGACGAGUUUAAUUUUACUACUGUUUGUCUCCCUGGUUGGUGUGCUGAGAUAUUUUGUACUGGGGUCGUUGAUCAGCUGCUGGACUCCUGUUCACUUUACUACUCAAAUGGCAAAAUACACACACACGAUAUGCUGGGAACAAGACGUGACCUACCUUCCAGGAGAUGACCCAACCGUACCACACGAUGAAUAUGGGCCAACAUCUAUCCCAACAUUCCAUACAUGGAUUCCAGUCGUUCUAAUAUGUAUGAUGUUGGGAUUCCAGAUACCACGUGCUGUCAAGUUGCUGUUUGAUUCACUUUUAAGAAAUUCGACCAGCACAAUUAGCGAUAACGACAGCCAAGCGAGUAAUACAGAAAAUGCUGAACAACUCGCUCAGAUCAUCAGAGAAUCUCAGAAUCAAAGCUCAUUCAUUAGAACUCUAUCCUUCAUUAUUGUCAAACUUUUAAUCUGUCUUAAUGUUCUCGUCCAGUUUAUUUUUGUCUCGCGUUAUUUCCAAGAUUCCGUGCACGAGGUCACGGAUACGGAAAAUAUAACAACAACUAUCACUACUGAAAUUUUCCCAAAAAUGGUACUUUGCGAUUAUCAGAUACGUCAACUUUCAAACGUGAAACAUUUCACCAUGCAAUGCAACAUGCCCGUAAACUAUUUAUACGAACAAUUUAUUCACAUUCUUUGGUAUUGGAUAUUUGGAACUGGUUUUGUCACUGGCAUUGUUUUCGUCGCUCAAUUAGCAUCACUUCUUUUCACGCCAUUGGUCAGGCUUCGAUUCCGUGGAAUUAUUCCUGAAAAAGAAUUAAAUCGAAGAGGCUUUUCUGUCGAUGAUUCUUUGUUGAUGUUGUUGGACAUUGAGAAUAGUUCUGGUCUUACCAUGGCUCGAAAAGUGGCCGCCAUUUUAGUCGAAUCCGAACAGUCGAGCCUGAACCACGGACCAAAGGGGUAUAACUCUCAAUCGGGUUUUCACGCAGGAGAUAAUGCAUUGACCAGUAUACCCAUGACGAAUAUUGGCAUAAACGCAGAGGCUGAUACUAGCACCUCACCACUAAAGGACGAUAGUAGGACAGAAAAGUCUGAUCUACCGUAGCCGCGGUCACCCAAUUGGAUUUUACAGAAUGUCAACGAUACUUCGCUGAAGUCUUGAUGGGCAUAAUUAAAUAAAGAUUUAUAAUCUGUAAA